GUGUCUUUUCUACAUACCCACACUGUUAUGCACGAAUCGUGCAUGUCUUCUGAAUCGGACACUUGUAGAAUGGAUCCACAUCUGAAACUCAAUUCAGGUGUGCAAUAGAGUGCCGUACGUCGCAAGAAGAAUGGCUCGUGAUUACAAACCGGGUGACCUGAUCUUUGCGAAGAUGAAGGGCUACCCUCACUGGCCUGCCAGGAUUAAUGACUACUCUGAUGGAGCUGUGAAGCCGGCCAACAUGAAGUUUCCCAUCUUUUUCUUUGGUACCCAUGAAACUGCAUUCCUAGGCCCCAAAGAUAUAUAUCCCUACCUGCCCAAUAAAGAGAAGUAUGCCAAGCCUAACAAGAGAAAGGGCUUCAACGAAGGCCUGUGGGAGGUUGAGAACAACCCAAAGGUGGAGCUGAAUGGAGAGAAGCAAAUGAUGCUGUCGGAUAACGUAACGGAGAAGGACUCUGACAGUAACCCAGACGAGGAGGGAGAUUAUGAGAAGAGGAAGAAACCCAAAGUGUCGGGGGCUGAGAGUGAGGCUGGACAGGAGGAGGAUGAUGAGGAGGAUGGGGGCAUGCAGGUCUCUGAACAGGGACAGCCCCAGGGCCAGGAUGACCCCACACCAAAUGAAUCUACAGACACUCCCAAACCCAAGAGAAGAAGGAAGAAAAAGAGUGAUGUAGAGGCCGACUCUGAGAAAGAGGACGCUGCCAACAGUCCCACAUCCAGCCCUCAAGAUGGAGAGGGCCCCACUCCUAAGCGGCGAGGCAGGAAGACCAAAGCUGAGAAGAUGCUCCUACUCCAGCAGCAGGACCCCCAGGGCUCAGGCAGUGACAUGGACACUGCUGAGUCGGAGAGAAAGAGAAAGAGGACGCCGGAAGACAAGUCCAAGAGAGGAGAGGAGGAGAAGAGGCUGGACGGGAGGAGAAAGAAGGAAGACAACAAAGGGAGAGAGUUGGAGGGGAAGAAGGACCCUGAUGCUAAACGGAGGAGACAGACCAAAGAGGAGAGCUCUUCUGACUCAGAGAACCAGGAGAAGAGCAAGGGGGUUGCGGGAGACCGCAAGCGGCAGCAGCCCACUCUGACCGAGACAGGGGACAAAGACGAUCGUCAACGACGCAAACCAGACGAGCAGAAAGAGCAAAACAAAGAUGAUGGAAACAAAGUGGAUGAAAGGAAAGGAGACAAGAAGAAAGAGAUAUCGAUAGAAUCGAGGCUGCAGAGGCUGCAUGGAGAAAUCAAAAUCUCCCUCAAGAUUGACAACCCAGAUGUGAAGAAGUGUCUGGUGGCGUUGGAUGAGCUGGGCAUGCUGCAGGUCACCACCCAGCACCUGCAGAAACACUCAGAGCUCAUUGCAACACUCAAAAAGAUCCGGAGGUUCAAGGCCAGCCAGGACAUCAUGGACAAGUCCACCAUGCUGUACAACAAGUUUAAGAGCAUGUUCUUGCUGGGGGAGGGGGACCAGCUGCUCAGCCAGGUGCUCAACAAGUCCAUAGCAGAGCAGAAGCAGCAGGAGGAGGCCAGGAAGGGAGCCCAGAAGAAGGCUGAGCGGGCCAGGGAGAACAACACAGAUAACAAUAUGAAUGGCGACUCCAGUCCGGAUGAUAAGAAGCAGGAGUCGGACAAGGAGAAGCCUGCUGAAGAGGCCUCUACAGGUGAUAACAGCAGUGAAGGCCCAAGAGGAAUCCACCUGAUGAAGAAACAUCUGACUGACUCCACUGAAGGGGAUGUUGGUGACCUUCUCCUGAGUCCUGACUGAUCUGUGCUGAUCCCACCUGCACACACUAGUCCAAACACCACCAAUAAGAGGUCCUGUUGCUUUGACACCAUGUCGUACAAAUCCAGGCUCUUCUCUGGUCUGAACACCCACGUCUUAAACCCUACAGAGCAGUGUCUUCCAAAGUCCUAUUUUAGAUUUCAUUUUUUAUGAUGAAUGCAUCCACCGUGGCUGUUUUUUAAACUGAUGGUAGUAAAGUGGUUCCACAAGGAAAAUAUGCUUAAUCUAACUAGGCAAGUCAGUUAAGAACAAAUUCUUAUUUUCAAUGACAGCCUAGAAACAGUGGGUUGACUGCCUGUUCAGGGGCAGAACGACAGAUUUGUUGUCAGCUCGGGGGUUUGAACUUGCAACCUUCCGGUUACUAGUCCAACGCUCUAACCACUAGGCUACCCUGCCGCCCCAAUAAUACUUGCAUAUCUGACCUUACUUUGAACUAUUCUGCUAUGUGGUGAAAAAUUGACAGUAUCAUGUUUGAGAAUGUCAUGGCAAAAAUGGAGUGGGACAAGGAAGCUUUAUAGUCCGUUUUAAAAUCACUUAAUGUUUGACAUCGCAAGAUCUUGCAGUUCAACUCUGAAUUAUACAAGAUAAAAUAUACGGUAGUUACUGGUAGAGGAGUCUUUGUAUUACUAGUUAGUUUAGUAAAUGUACUCAAUACUGACCAAUAUUACUCCGGGUAGGUGCACAUGUUGCACAGAAAGGAAAUACUACUUGUGUGCCAAAGGUUUUUUCUUUCACUCGCACACCAAGUUUAAAUGUGUCUGUUGUAAGUCCUCCAAUUUGCUGACAUUGAUGUAAAUAAGAGUAUUUUUGUGCCUGUCUGAAAGCCUGUUUAGCCUCCUUUGUAAUAAAGCAUUGGUUCAAUAACCAUUUGUCGGUAA